GUAAAAAGGUGUCCAUAGAAGUCCUUUUAAAGCUUCGCUAAUGAGCGCGCGAGCACCUUCUUCUUCAUCUUUUCGCUCAGGCAUUUUUAUUUUAUUUUAUUUUAUUUUACUUCGGAGCACACGCAGAAUCGUCUUCAUCAUAAGCUUUGAUUGUAGCACUUUUUUAGAUUUCCACUCUACAACCCAUCAGAGUUUCUCUAUGACAUGAAUUAGCUGAGGAGAGAUUUUUUGUCAAUUUUUGAUACCUUAGGUUUUGCUACUCUGGUGAUAAUUUCUCGAGGGAUUUUACUCCGGUAGCUUAAGGAGGUUAUCGAAAAUGGCAGAGAUUUGCUGUGGAGUUAUCAGCGAGAAUGAGACGUCGCCCCCUUGCGAAACGAGAUCGCGAGCGGCCAGACGUCGAAGGAUGGAGAUUAGAAAAUUCAAAUACGUCGCCGGCGUGUCGCCGCAGGAUGCGGUGGUACAUAAUGGGCAAAAGCGUCCGAAAGUAGAAGAUUAUGAGGCGUCGCUUUCACGGGACUGCCUGAACGCCGUGGAGAAUUGCAGUCCGGAGGGAGACAAGCAACUGGUGAAAGUUGAGACUGGAAGAUCAAUGACCAACAAGAUUCCGGUUUCGGGGCUUUCAAUUUCGGUUCUUUGCCCGACGCCGUCGGUAACGUCGGAUCCGGAACUUCUCAGCGAGAUUCCGAAAUUCGGCGUCGCUUCCGUUUGUGGAAGGCGAAGAGACAUGGAAGAUGCAGUGGCUAUUUGUCCUUCGUUUUGCCGCGGUUACGAGGAAACGACGACGGAAUUGCAUUAUUACGGGGUUUACGACGGUCACGGUUGCUCUCAUGUGGCGACGAGAUGCCGAGAAAGGUUGCAUGAGCUGGUAAAGGAAGAGCUGGAAAGUAAAGAGGAAGCCUCGUCGAAGGAGUGGAAGAGCUUGAUGGAGCGAAGCUUCUCGCGGAUGGACAAAGAGGUUAUCGCUUGGAACGAAAGUAUGGUGGGAGCGAAUUGCAGGUGCGAGCUCCAAACGCCGGAGUGCGAUGCGGUGGGAUCGACAGCUGUUGUCGCAAUCGUCACGCCGGAGAAGAUUAUCGUCGCCAACUGCGGUGAUUCUAGGGCCGUACUUUGCCGGAACGGCAGGCCCAUUCCUCUCUCCUCCGAUCACAAGCCGGAUCGUCCAGAUGAGCUGAAUCGGAUCCAGGCCGCCGGUGGGCGGGUCAUCUACUGGGAAGGCCCACGGGUUCUCGGAGUGCUCGCCAUGUCUAGAGCCAUAGGUGAUAACUAUUUGAAACCGUACGUGACUUGCGAACCGGAGGUGACGAUCACUGAUCGAACCGCAGAGGACGACUGCCUCAUUCUGGCCAGUGACGGCCUCUGGGACGUGGUGUCAAACGACACGGCAUGUGGGGUGGCGCGUAUGUGCCUGCGAGGGAAAGCGCACGCGCCUCCACUCUCCCCUUCGUUGGAGAAUGAAGUCGCCGGUUUGGAGAUCUCCGACAAGGCGUGCUCGGACGCGUCGAUGUUACUGACCAAACUGGCUUUGGCCAGACGCAGCACUGACAACGUGAGUGUCGUUGUGGUGGAUCUGAGAAGAGACACGUAGCAUAUUGUGAAAUAUUUUCUUUUUUUUUUUUUUUUUUUAUAUUUUAUAUUUUUAUUAAUUUUAGUUUCUCGGAUUUGGACCAGUUUUUAUUGACUGGGCGUUUUGGCCUUUCAAUGGUGGGUUUUUCCUUCCAGGGCGAAAGAAAAAAAAAAAAAAAGCAGCGGAAAAUGGGUAUAAAUAUAUAUAUAUAUAUAUAUAUAUACGGAAUCUAAGAGCAGCUUUGGUUGUCGCUUGCGUUUUAGUUUCAAAUGAAAAUGUUUUUGGUUUUUACCCAAAACAAAAAAAGGUUAUGAAAUAUAUGUGGCUACUAAUUUUGUAGUAUAUAUACCAAGUGGACAAAUAUCUUUGGAUUUUGGUCUAUAUUAUUUUUCGGUUUCCAUUC